AUGGAAAAUGUUGGAAGCAAUGAGGUAAGUAUAUUCGAUUUUAAUGUAUAUUAUUAAAAUUAGGAUAUAAUAGAACCAGCGAAAUUAGGAUGUUUAAAAAUGAUAAAUUAAUAAUGUUUUUUUUGUGAAUUAGGUUGGUAAUUUGAUAUAGUGUAAUAGGAUUGCAUUCCAAUUUGUGGUAAUAAAAUAGAAUAAGCAUAUGAGGAAUGUGAUGAUGGUAAUGAUAUUGCUAAUGAUGGAUGUUAUAAUUGUAAAUUUGAAUGUUCCUUAGAUUGUUAAGACUGCUAUUUUGGUAAAUGUUUAGUUUAAUAAAAUUCUAAUGAUAUAGAAUAAUAUGAUACAUUGAAAAAGAUUCAGGAUUGUUAAAAUAGUAAGGGUUAUUAUUUUGAUAUUUUAUCUAAUGAUUGUUAAUCUAUUUGUGGUGAUUAAAUUAUUACAUUAUAAGAAGAAUGUGAUGAUGGUAAUUAUCAAUUUAAUGAUGGAUGUAUGAAUUGUAAAUUCAUUUGUUCUGAUGAAUGCUUAAAUUGUUAAUUUGGUAAAUGUUAUUAGUGCAAUCCUGGCUAUAAGAUUAUAUAAUUUAAAUGUAUACCUAAUUGUGGAGAUUAAUUAAUAAUAGCAGAUGAAAAAUGUGAUGAUGGUAACAAUAUUCCAUUUGAUGGAUGUUAUAAAUGUUAAAGUAGUUGUUAAUUAGAAUGUAUAAUUUGUUAGAAUUCAUAUUGUAUUGAAUGUUUAUAAGGAUGGAAUCUUAUAGAAGGUUUAUGUGAAUAAAGAUGUGGAGAUCAAUAAGUAGCUCUAAUGUCUAAUGAAUAAUGUGAUGAUCUUUCCAAUAAUAAUUGUGUUGAUUGUUCUUACUCAUUUUGUUAAAUUAAUUGUCAAAUAUGUAACCAACAUUAAUGUGUUUCUUGCAUUUAUCCAUUUCAAUUAAUUGAUGGACUUUGCUAACCAAUAUGCGGUGAUUCAAUUAUUACACCUGAAUAUGAGGAAUGUGAUGAUGGAAAUGAUAUUCCAUUUGAUGGAUGUUAUUAAUGUCAAUAUUCAUGUUCUUAUGGAUGUAUAUCAUGCACAAAAAAUAAUAUUUGUAAUUAAUGCGAUUAAAAUCUAUUUAUUCUGGAUAAUUUUACAUCUUAAUGCAAAUAAAUUAAUUCAAUUAUUUAUAAUAAUAAUAAUGAAUAUCCUCUAAUAGAUUCACUUUACAAUAUAAAUAAUACUAGUAUUAGAUGCUAUUAAAAUUAUAUAUUAAUAGAUAAUAUUUGUGUGAACUAAUGUGGAAAUGGAUAAUUAAAUAGCUUUUAUGAAGAAUGUGAUGACGGAAAUAAUCAUGGAGGAGAUGGAUGUUCAUCUUUAUGUUAACUUGAACAAUCUUUUUAAUGUAUUAAUAUAGAAGGCUAAUUAACUACAUGUUCAUUUAUUAAACCAUCUGAUUUCAAUUUAAUUAGUCUUUCUGAUAAAGCUAAUUAAACUCAAAUUAUUGAAUUGACUUUUACAUAGUAAGUUAAAUUAAUUUAUCCAUCUUAAUUAUAAGAAAUUAUAGUUUUUAAAAUAUCUCCAGAAAUAACACAUGAACUUACUAUCAUUCCAAUAUAAAAUCUUACUAUUGAUUUAAAUAAUCCAAUCUAUUAGAUAAUUAUUUAUUUUUAAUAAUCAAUUGAAAAUCCAAUAUUAGAGGUUGAAAUCUCUAAAUUUUAGAUAUUUGAUUAAUAUGAUUAAGGUCUAUUAAAUUUUAAUAAGAACAUUUCUCUGGGAAAUCCUUUUGUUAUUUCAGAAUCUACAAAACAAUAAGUAGUAACUAUUGUUAAAUUAAAUGAUGCCAUGAUGUAUUCAAUGGCAAGUAUUGCAGGUUUAGCUUUGUUAACAGGAAAUAUGUUGAUGAUACUCAAUCUUCUAGAUUUAUUAUAAUCUUUAUCCUAUAUUCGUUUUAUGUAAUAUUAAUUUCCACCUCAUUUACGAUUAUUUCUUGACACUUACACCAAAGUUUCUUUACAACCAAUAUUAGAUUAUUUUAAAGUUGAUGAAAUUAUUACAUAAUUAAAUGGUGGCCUCUUGCCUUACAAAAAGAAAAAAUCAUCCAAUUUUAAUUCAAAUUACGCCUUAAACUCAUUUUAUUUAAUAAAUGCUAAAAGUUGCUACUUUUCACUUUUAGCAUCCUUGCUUACAUAUAUAAUUUGCUCUGCCAUUUCCUCAUAAAUAAUAAAUUAGAAAUUGUCAAAUUACUAUCUAAAGUAUUAAUAGAAACUUAAAUUCUUAAAAUUACUUUCAAUAUUUCAAGCCAAAGUAUAAUUUUAAUGUUUGAAAAUUAAAAAUAAUUACUUUUCUCUUGGAAUAUUUUAAUUAUAUUUUACUAUAUUACAUCAAUUAUCCUUUAGCACUUUUAUAUAAUUUCCAGAUUAUACUUUCUAAAGUGUCUUUGAGUUCUUCAAUUCAAUUAAUGCUGCUAUUGCACUUAUUAUGAUAUUAUUUUGUUGCUUGAAAAUGCUUUCAAUCACUUCUGCUUCUAUAAGAAAUAUAUCUAAAUGGAAAUAUUUCUAUUUAGGAUCUAAAACUCAAUUUUGGGCAAUUAAUUUCAAAUCCUUUUAAAUUUUCAGAAUCAAAUUCUACAUUUUUAUUAUUGUAAUUUGUAUGAAUUAUCCGUAAAUCCAAUCAAUAUUAUUGUCCGUCUAAUCCUUAUUUUAUUUAAUAUAUUUAUAUAAAUUUAGACCCUUAAAUUCCAACUUUGA